AUGUUUCAUUCGCCAAGAUAUCUGUAUUUUCGCCAUGUGCAACGGGCUCUGCGCAGACAAGGUGCCAUCACGGCCCCGUUGGAUGAAGAUCUCCAGCCUGGCGAGGAGCAUUUACGAUCAUAUUUCGUCCCCGGCGUGCAAGCUGGGAAACACACCAUUCAAGUAUGCCAGACUGUCAGCGCGGUUGGUGAGCCACUGCAGACUUUGUCCACCCCGCAAGACUUCAACGUUCUAGCUCCCCAGUUCGUGCUCCCGGAUAAUGCCAUUCACACCUGUUAUCCACCCCAAGGUUUCAGCACCACUGCUGAAACCUUGCCACACGUCAUCUUCAAUGAUCCUACUUUCCCUUGGGAGCGUGUAGGCAGUUGGAAUGCAAAGAGGAACCCACCAGACGACUACGUCAGAAACAGAACUCCAUGGGUCGCGGUACUCGUGUUCACAGAAGAUGAGCUCAAACUCGCAGACGACGAUCUACGUGGACCAAACAGUCUCUUUCAGGACAUCCAAGGAUUGAAAGACGCAGAGCAAGACUCUAACUUCGCGGUGGCAUUGCCUGUCGGCCAGUUAUCCAAGAUUCGAGCUACGGUCAGCCCCUACACGACCGAUGAGACGGAUCUUACGACCGUGAAUACUGUGCUAAUUAAGCGUGUGCUUUUCAACGGUCUAUUUUCCAAAUAUAACGAUAAGGGGCAACCAGAAAUUGGAAAUCAUCCAUACGUAUACCAUCAUCGGUUUCUCGCUCACAAGCGCGUUAUCAACACCCAAGGAAUGGCCGUAACGGGCCCUGUAACCGGUGAUGACACUGGAUCCUUUGGCGUCGUUGUCUCUAAUCGCUCCGGCCCUUCGAACAUGACCAUUCCCACUGCUGUGUACGUCCACCUCGUUUCCAUCGAGGGUAUAGAGCAGAUGACUCCAUGGCCGAUGGAACCUUCCACCAAGUAUGUCUCGCUCGUGUCCCUCGCCAGUUGGAGCUACGUCUGCCUUCCACCGGAGACGGCCAACGUCCGUGACGAGCUCCUUCAUCUAGGCGACAGUCUAGGCCCCCUUCGGCCUAUUCUCUCAGCAGAUACGGAAGUCAAGCUGGCGCAGAAGUUGCCGACGGGCCCACGGCUCUUGGAGAGACUGCAUCAAGGUUAUAGUCUUUCCAGGUACCGCACUCAGUCUGGAGAGGUGUCGUCCUGCUUCAUCCGCGGGCCCUUUGUGCCAGUGGGUAAAUAUUGCGUCCCAAACUAUUUCACCAAGACCUCAAUGACCGGGCUUGACCUAUCGAUCCUCGAUGGUGAUUUGGCUACCAUGGACAUUUCCUACUCCGCAGCAUGGCAGCUGGGGCGAACCAUGGCUAUUGCAGACCAGGCCUUUACCACUUGUCUAUAUCGUGUCCGUACGGUCAUCAUUCAGAGGGCCGCCGACGCUGCUCGAGACAAUUACGUGAUUCAGUACACCUGGCAUAAGAACAAAGAGAACCUGCUUUCCAACCUCAAGAGCUCAGUAGAUAGGCUCGGUUUGAUGCUUGACUCCGACGGAUUGCUACAGAACGGCUCUAUCCGCCAGAGAUGGGAAAGAACGACCACAGAUUCUCUGGAUUUGUCCUAUCACGGUCUUAUUGUCGACGGCACCAUCGAUCCGAAUUUUGACCAGGCCGCCCGAGAUGUGGCGAGCACGCCGGAUCCGAAGGACCCCUCAAAGCCUUCUGAUAAGCCGUACGACGAAUUUAAUGCACCUUUCUCAGCGGACUGGGUGGUUGUUUUGCGUUGGGUCCUCGAUGCUCUCUUCUUCACAAACAUACCGGCUCACUACCUUCUGUCGGAUGCCAGCCACCUGCCACAGGAAAGCCUCCGAUUCUUCAUGGUUGAUGAUAACUGGAUGAAUGCUUUUCUAGAUGGAGCUCUCAGCCUCGGUAAUCACAUCGACAGGACACAGGACAAAGUCCGCAACGCUAUCAAGGUGGCCAUAAACUGGUAUUUGUCAUCCUCCACCAGUGUGCACUCGUAUCCGAGCCCUGUACCCAAGUACGGAUGCUUCAUCCGGUCGGCGGUCAUCAGCCAGUUUCCAGACCUCAUCGUAGAAGUGGCAUCCGCGGCUGCCUCUGCCAAAGUUUCAGCAGGUGACCAAGCUCCAAUCUUGUUACGUCAUGAGGUAUUGGACAAAGGCACGAUGCUGUGCUUGUUUUCUCAGCCUCCAUCCCCAUCCAGCUUCUCCACGCUCACCUUCACACAACCGCCACACCAACAAAGUUUUGCUGUUGGUGAAAAGGUGACCAGCACAAAGUUGACGAUCGCCGAACGCCGAGCGUACACCGUCAAGGACCCUGACGACCCAGAGCAUCGGCUGCCACUGGAUGAGUUCACAUGGGAGAAAGGCGUCCUUCCCGCGGACGGUCGAAAGGUUGUUUAUCUAUGGGACGUCGUGGACCCUUCGUCUCAGACGCCAGUUGACCUCCGCAAGCUGCUGAUGGAGAAUUUUGCUGAUGACUACCACACCCAGCUGAUCAACAAGAUGGCGGGUAGCCUCUAUUCGGACGAUACGGCAACCUCGGCAUUGAUGGCAUGGCAGCUCAACGAACUGUCAUACAUGCUACCCAUCCAGAGCUCUACGGGACUGCGGUCUCCAGGUCCCACCAGACCGAGAAAGCUCCCUGUGCACCGCCGAACGCCACCGCAGCCGCCGUCACCGCCGAAGAGGUCACAAAAGACAGCCGCCCGGUCUUCAGAUCCUUUUGUAAGCUAUGACGAGCGAAAACAGCUCGCACGCGACACAGUGGGCCCACUGCCCCCUCCAGCUGCGCGGGAUCCCAUGGCGCGGCGUACGAUGGUCACACCUGCCCCGCGGUACCUACGGGAGCGCCAUGGACGGAGAGACGGGUUGGGCGACUCCCUAUUCCCUGAUAUUCGGUUCUUCUUCUGGUCGCUCGAGAACCCCGGCACGCCGGACGAUCCAGGAAAGAUCAAAAUGCUCAAAGAUGCGAGAGGCAAGGCGCUACCACAGAGUCUCGUGUUCAGCGUUCGCAUUGCCGCCAACGCCUUCGAGGACUUCCAGAUCGAGGCCAUCGAGAUCAUUAUUCCACAGGGGCCGGCGCCAAAGGCGACGAGGGCGGAAGGAAACUCGUCACCAAGCUCAGAUACCACCGUGUACCCGCUUACGACCCUUUACGACGGGCCCGGCGCUGCGAUGCUAUCGAACCUACGCUUCAACCCCACCACCUCCUUUUCCACCACCUACGACGAGCUCAUUAUUCGUCUGAUCCCUCGAAGCCUCAAUGAAUUCGUCACAGCGGACAUGUGCACCGAUAUGUCGUUCUUGCUCUCGGGUGUCAAGGUCAAUGUAUCAAGUGAGGAGAUUACGGUCACGCCGACUAUAAACCUGUAUUAUCGGCGUUUUAAGAAACAGCAGCCUACACAAUAUCCGCCUCCAUGCAUGGUUUUAACACCUGUAUCAUGA